AUGGCGGACAAUUCACCUGAAGAUGGCCACGCCACGAUUGAUUCAGAACAAGAAAAUCUGAACACCGGAAAUAAUGACGCGGAAUUAGAACGACAACGAGAGGCAAAGAAGAAUUUGAGGGAGGAGAUAGAGCGACGAAAGGAGUUAGAAGAAAAACUCCUGAAAUUAGAAUCUUCCCUUAAAAGUCAGAACUCUCGCAAUUACCGAGAAGAUUCGCCCUUGGGAGGAGAGGACCCGUUCAGUGAAGAUAUAAUGAGAGAAAAAAUUCCAAGGAACUUCAAAAGUCCUAACAUGGACCUCUAUGAUGGGACCACGGAUCCAAAACAUCAUCUGAGCAAUUUUAAAAGUCGGAUGUAUUUGGCCGACGCUUCUGACGCCACUCGCUGCAAAGCUUUCCCGACUACUUUGACAAAAGCGGCGAUGAAGUGGUUCGACGGUCUUCCCCCAAGGUCGGUAACUAGCUUCGACGACCUUUCGCACAAAUUCCUGAUGCGGUUCUCCAUUCAGAAGGACAAAGUAAAGCACACACCGAGCCUCCUGGGAGUAAAGCAGGAGGCAGGAGAACCUUUAAGAGACUACAUGGAAAGGUUCAAUAAAGCGUGCCUGGAGAUCCAGGACCUGCCCACAGAAACAGUAAUAAUGGGCCUAGUAAAUGGACUCAGGGAAGGCUCUUUCUCCCAGUCCAUAUCAAAAAGGCACCCGACCUCCUUGAGCGAUGUACAGGAAAGAGCCGAGAAGUACAUCAACAUGGAGAAAAAUGCUAGAUUGCGAGAGCCAAACUGGCGACCAGGACACUCACACUCUCUGGAAGAGAAAGAAAGAGAACCCAAAAAGAAGGAGGAGAUCGGCCUCGAAAGGCCAAGGAGAUAUCACUCUUAUACUCCUCUAAAAGUUUCCCUAGUUGAUGUAUACAGGGAAAUCUGCCAUACCGAAAGACUACCACCCCCUAGGCCCAUCAAAAAUAAAAAGGGGGGGGGGAGCCGCGACGAUUAUUGUGAGUACCAUAAGAUGUAUGGUCACUCGAGGAACGAUUGCGACGACCUUAAAAACGUGAUAGAAAAGUUGGCCAGGGAGGAUCGACUUGACAGAUAUCUCAUGGAAAGGUCGGACAAUCAAGGCAAAAGAAAGCGGGAUGACGGGGACCGAAGAGACCCACCAUCACAAACCCCAGAAAGACAUAUACAUAUGAUCUCAGGGGGAUUUGCAGGAGGGGGACUCACCAAGUCAUCUCGCAAAAGACACCUAAAGCGAGUCUACUCGCUCCCGACCUCCCAACUAUUUCAUUCACCAAAGAAGAUGGGCAAGGGGUAA